GCGGACUACAGCUCCCAGCAGCCCCGGGGCGCAUUGUGCAUGCGCCGCCCCGUCCCACCCCCUGUCCCGCCAGGAUGCUGUCGGCGCGCGGAGCUAUGGCCAACUUCCGUCUGGCACUAAUUCAGCUGAAUGUACUCUCCGUCAAAUCGGAAAACCUGCAACGUGCCUGUGGACUGGUAAGAGAAGCAACAGCCAAAGGUGCAAAAGUCGUGGUUCUGCCUGAAUGCUUUAAUUCUCCGUAUGGAGCUAAAUUUUUUCGUGAAUAUGCGGAGGAAAUUCCUGGGGAAUCCACACAGAAGCUUUCAGAAGUUGCAAAGGAGUGUGGCAUCUUUCUCAUUGGAGGAUCCAUUCCAGAGCAGGCCGGUGGGAAGAUUUAUAACACAUGCACUGUGUUUGGACCUGAUGGUGCAAUGGUGGCAAAGCACAGAAAGAUUCAUUUAUUUGACAUUAAUAUACCUGGGAAAAUCCGAUUCCAGGAGUCUGAAAUUCUGAGCCCUGGGGACAGUUUCUCUGUUUUUGAUACUCCAUACUGCAAAGUGGGACUGGGAAUCUGCUAUGACAUCCGGUUUGCUGAGCUUGCUCAGAUCUACUCUCAGAGAGGUUGCCAGCUGUUAGUGUAUCCUGGAGCUUUUAACCUGACAACGGGACCAGCUCACUGGGAGCUACUGCAAAGAGGAAGAGCUGUCGAUAACCAAGUCUAUGUGGUAACUGCAUCUCCUGCUAGGGAUGAAAAAGCAUCUUACGUUGCCUGGGGACACAGCACUGUUGUAAAUCCAUGGGGGGAAGUUAUAGCCAAAGCUGGCACUGAGGAAACAGUUAUAUACACAGAUAUAGACUUGAAGAAGCUUGCAGAAAUCCGCCAGCAAAUCCCCAUUCUUGCCCAAAAACGCUCAGACCUCUACUAUGUUGAGGCAAAGAAAUAGUGAGACUUUUAGCCUGUGGAUCUAUUUACCCAGCUUCUUUUGCAAUGAACUCUUGUCCUUUGCUUUAAUCUUCAUAAACAAGCCAGAAAAUCAGUAAUUUUCACACACAGCUAUGAGGAACUCAUACUCAAAUGUUAUAAUUACACAAAGUGAGCUUGAAUGCUGAUGGCUUGUGCGCUGGUUCUUCUAUCUCCUUCCCUACUUCAGCUAUUUUGCAGCACCUUGCCAAGCAGCAAGUUAAUUUACGCUGACAUCAGCAAUAAGUUUUGCCUGCUGCUUGUGAACAUUCAAUUAACUGAGGGUAGGAAUGUUACCAUGACCUUUGCCUGUCAGUCUGGAAGUGCCCUGAGGGUUUCAGCUUAUUGAAGAUCAAGGGUGUGAGCCAUAAAAAGGUGUAGGCCAGGGCUAGAUCAGGCCUGUGGCAGACUCCAUUUCCUAGCAGCCCCUGCCUGUGUUUCUGUGGCCAAUUUCCCUGGAGACACCAGGAGGAGUGGCGCGGUGACAGCACAGGACCAGGGUUUCCACAGAUAGCAGGGUGUGGAGCUGCUCCAGGGCUUGGAUCUUACAGCAGUGACAGCAUGGUCCAGAGCUGGGGCAGAGCUGCGAUCUGGUGCCCGCAUGCCCUGGGCAGGGGCCUGCAGGCAGUGGAUCACAGCUCUGCCCUGGUUCCGCUGCAUCAGGAGCACAUGUAAAAAUGCCCUAGGAUUCCCCGUUCACAGGUGCUAUGCUGGCUUAGGGAACCAACAGCCCCAAAUUGGGCACUGAAGCUCACCAUAGAGAUAAUGCCUUGAAUUGACAAUAUAUGAGGGCUGACCCAAAAUGCUGAGGAAAGGUGGCUUAAGCUGGCCCUUUCAGAGACCAGCAUGCCCCCCUGCUGUUCACAGUAAUGUUCCUCAGAAUCUGCAAACCUGAAUUGUUGGGUGGUCCUGCCAUGCAUGGGAAGGCCAUUUGCAUUUGCUUCAGCUUUUUCCCUGCAAAGCUAACACAGUACCCACACCAAGCUGUCUGGUCCAAAGGUGGUAAGGGUGGCUUUGUGCUGUAACUUGGUGGUCACCAGUCACUUUGGUGGUAGAGGACCAUAGGGAGAGGCAGCAAUUGAAUUCUGAUGUCUUAAGGGGAAGGUGCUCUGAGCCCGUAUUUUUUGCCACCUUUUUAUCCACUGAAGCACUUUUGGAAUGGAAAACCCACACCAAGAGUUACUGGACCCUGCAAGCAAGGAGUUCCACUUGUCACCUCUCCCUAUACAGAGCUCCUUUAGUCUCAUGGGGAGGGUGUUACACAUUUGCUGAGGACAAGAAUUAGCAGCACUAAAAAAAAAAUCCAUGUGAGAUUAAAUGGAAUACCUGCAACAGCAUUCUUCAGAACAGGGAAUAACUUGGUAUAACAACAUAAGCAGAUGUUGCUUUGGUGAGUGAGUUCUCUGGAAAAUGUAGGCCAUUGCCUCCAGGGAAUUUUUAAAAUUCUAACAGCAACUUUAAGUACCCACACCUUGUGUGUUAAAAACUGCACAUCAGUUUGUCACUUAUUUCCUGGAAUGAAAUUACUUCUUUUCACUUACUGUAAACUUCUCGCUUGCUCACCUCCUGGCAUACAGGCAGAUCUGUGUAAUUUCUAAUUAUGAUGCUGGUGUUCUCCUUGAAACACUUGAAUUGCAGACAUAGAAGUGUGAAAGUAUGAAACACCAAAGAUCAAAUUCUGCUGCAUGCUACUAAAGCAUGUGGGCAUAAUUCUGUUGUCAUCCUCACAGGGUAGGGGCAGGUGUUGGCUCAUUGUGUCAGAAAAACAGCACAAGUUUUUUGUGAACAAGUUGUGAAACUGAAUGUUUCCUUUGGGUGCAGUUCUGGGUUUUAGCAGCAGAUGGUGCAAGUGAAGUGGUGGAAGACUUCUUUUCUCUCACAAGGCCUAGUAGGCCUGACCUGGCAUAUAGACUUCCAUUGAUUUCUACCUUCAAGCCAAUACCUUCAUCAAUUUUUUGUGUAAAAAAAUCAUUUAAUCCUGCCUCCUGCUGGCUUGAAGUGAAGAGGGGGAAAGAAGGAGGAUUGCAAAAGUAUUUUCUGCUGAGAAACCUCAGGAAAAUGCCAGCCUUUGGGCAAAGUCUGCUUUCCAAAAGGAAAAAACAGUGCUGCUUAGCAGUUGGAACACACUGAGCAGGUAGUCCUUAAUGGAGACAAGAGAAACAUCCCUGGCAGAGGAGGCCCCAUCAACUGCAUCAAGAAUCCCAAAUUCAUACCAUGGCCAAGAUAUUAAAUAAAUAAACAAAAAUUAAGUUUG